AUGCGGUCACUCAAAGCCACUCCAUCGCAGGCCAAGCCCCGUCUCACCAAGAAAGAGAAACUCAGAGUUAAACGCGAAAUGUUCAUCAAGAAAAUCAAUUCUUCCCAAACUCCAUACUCCAAACUUCGUAAGGGCAAACAGAAACACAAGGCGAAACAAAAGUCCAAACAAAAACAAAAACUGACUGCCAACUUGACGGGCCUGGAAAGCGCGCUCAACGAAAUUGUUAUUGCCUCUCAAAAAGAUGAUAGUUCUCAUACAAAGAACCCUUCUAGUUCCAGAGGAGUGGUGGAACGAUUAAAGCCUGAGCCAAUCGGUGAAGGGAAUGGCACACCACUCACCCAAAAAGAAAGAAGGAAAACCCUACUUAGGGAGCGGGAGAGGGCGGCACUUGUCCAUGCCAACCCUGCGUUCUCCUCUAAUCCUUUCACAGUUGCCCGACGCUACGCCGAAAAUGUUCUUGUUCCUCACACAGUCCCUGAUAAAUCACAAUCACAAUAA